AUGAGAUAUGUGGUGGUGGUUGUAGUGUUGUUUAUGAUCUCUUUGGUCGUCUUGGGAUCGAGCGAUGCACUUGCACCUACCGUUUCUUAUGAAUGGGUCGUCUCUUAUUCUCAACGUUCCAUUCUUGGAGCCAACAAGCAGAUCAUAGUGAUCAACGACAUGUUUCCUGGACCAAUCCUUAGUGCAACGGCAGGCGAUAUUGUGAACGUUAACAUUUUCAACCAUUUAACCGAACCCUUUCUCAUGACUUGGAAUGGAUUGCAAAUGCGGAAGAACUCGUGGCAAGACGGAGUUCUAGGAACAAACUGUCCCAUAUUACCGGGAACAAAUUGGACAUACCGUUUUCAGAUAAAGGAUCAAAUCGGAAGUUAUUUUUACUUCCCGUCGCUUCUGCUCCAAAAGGCGGCCGGGGGAUAUGGUUCCAUUAGAGUCUACAGUCCAGAACUUGUCCCGGUUCCAUUCCCUCGACCCGAUGGCGAAUUUGACAUCUUGAUCGGAGAUUGGUUCUAUACUGACCAUAGGGAUAUGAGAGCUGCACUUGACAAUGGUCUUAGUUUAGCAAACCCUGAUGGUAUUAUUAUUAAUGGACGUGGACCCGAAGAGGCAUUUUUUGCAUUUCAACCAGGUAAAACAUAUAGGCUUAGAAUAUCAAACGUGGGUCUUAAAUCAAGCUUAAACUUCAGGAUCCAAGACCAUGAUAUGCUUCUAGUUGAGACUGAAGGUUCUUAUGUUCAGAAACAUACCUAUUCCAACUUGGACAUCCACGUGGGCCAAUCAUAUUCCGUUCUCGUCACUGCCAAAACCGACCCGAUUGGAAUUUACCGGUCCUAUUACAUUUUCGCCUCGACCCGGUUUACUAAUUUCUACAUGUCUGGUUUAGCUUUAAUUCGGUAUCCUAACUCCCCUAUUGACCCGGUCGGACCAGUUCCAUCCGCACCUGGAUCGUGGGAUUACGCCUCGUCGGUUCGACAAGCCCUUUCCAUUAGAGAGGACUUAGCCGUUGGAGCGGCAAGACCAAACCCACAAGGCUCGUACCAUUACGGACGCGUAAUCGUAAACAGAACGUUAAUCUUCCAAAACGACGUAAUGCUAUCAUCAAACAAACUCCGUUACACAAUUAACGGCGUUUCGUUCGUCUUCCCCGAAACGCCGUUAAAACUCGUCGAUCAUUUCCAGCUAAACAACACGAUCAUCCCAAACAUGUUCCCGGUUUAUCCUUCCAAUAAACUGGCGAGUCUCGGUACUUCGGUCGUCGAUAUUCGGUACAAAGAUUUCGUCCACAUUGUUUUUGAAAAUCCUAUAUAUGAUAUGCAAAGUUGGCACAUCGACGGUUACAAUUUCUUCGUCGUCGGAAUGGGAUUUGGAGCUUGGUCCGAGAGCAAAGGAGCUGGAUAUAACUUAGUGGAUGCUGUUUCUCGUUCAACAAUUCAGGUUUAUCCAUAUUCGUGGGUAGCGAUUCUGAUAGCAAUGGAUAAUCAAGGAAUGUGGAACGUGAGAUCACAAAAAGCAGAACAAUGGUAUCUUGGUCAAGAGCUUUACUUGAGAGUUAAAGGAGAAGGACAAGAAGAUCCUAGGAAUAUUCCGGUUAGAGAUGAAUCUCCGAUACCGGAUAAUUUCUUACGUUGCGGCAGAGUUACGUAA